AUGCUAUCUUCUCUCCUCACCGUGGCCGCUUUGGCCGUCUCAGCCUCUGCCAGCUGGGAAGGCAAUCUCAACUACCGCAGUCCAUCCCUCCACCACAACGCCCUCGGUCUCGAUGUCCCGAAGAUCCACAAGCGAACGUCCCUCGAGGCCCGCCAAGCUGUCAACUUCACGGACAGCCAGCUCAACUUCACUCAUGGAGUAGCUUCAGGCGACCCGUACUCCUACUCUGUGAUACUAUGGACCCGUCUCGCCCCAAGCCUCGCCAGCGACCGCUCGAAUGUCACAGUCAGCGGUUACGUCCCAUUGUACAGCCACGAGACGGAAGAGUACAUUCGUGCCUCCAAGCACCGGGUCUGCCUUAACUGGGCCAUUGCGAGCGACAAGAAUGUCACCAAGAUCGUGAGCAAGGGCACGGCAUAUACAACCUCGGACAUCGACUUCACGGUCAAGGUCGAAGCGGGCGGUCUUCGCCCAUUGACUACAUACUACUACCAGUUCACGCAAUGCGGAACGUCCAAUAAGUCUCCCAUCGGCCGCACGAAGAGUGCACCACACCCAGAUGAUGAUGUAUCCAAGAUCGGACUCGCCGUGUACUCUUGCUCCAACUACCCGAACGGCUACUUCAAUGCGUAUGGCAACCCUGCCCGCAAGGACAGUGUAGACUUUGUUCUCCAUCUUGGUGAUUACAUCUACGAGUCUUCGACCGGCGUGCUCGGCCGGGACCCCAGAGCUACCAAUCCCAGCCGUGCUCUCACGACGCUUUAUGACUACCGCACUCGUAUCGCCCAGUACCGAACAGAUCUCGACCUGCUUCUCUCCCACCAACAGUUCGCUUGGAUCCCUGUCUGGGAUGACCAUGAGCAAGCCAACAAUGGCUACAGAGAUGGCUUUAGCGCCAUGAACAACACUGAAGACUCCUUCCUGCACUUCGGUGGCGUUUCCGUUGAUCAGAGGAAGAUGAACGCUGUCCGAGCUUACUUCGAAUGGAUGCCUCUGCGACAAGUCUCCAUGGACGACAACCUCCGAAUCUGGAGGGACUUCAAGAUGGGCAAGCUGUUCGACCUGAUCAUGCUCGAUACUCGCAACUACGACCGCUCAAUCACUGACCUCACCUGGAACACCGACUACCUCUACGAAAUCCGCAACGACGCCAGCCGCUCGCUCAUGGGCUCUCAGCAAGAGAAUUGGUUCUAUCGUCAACUGAUCGACUCCCAAGACCGCGGCGCCGCCUGGCGUAUCAUCGGCAACCAGAUCGUCUUCUCCCGCGUCAACAUCUCGUCCUGGUUCGGCACCUUUGAGAACCCAUACAACGAAGACCAGUGGGAUGGCUACCAAGCCAAUCGAAACCGCACUUUCCACGCCAUGUACGAGCAUGGCAUCAACAACAAUGUCAUGUUGGCUGGUGACUCCCAUGCCAACUGGGUCAGCGAUUUGGUAUGGCUUGAGGAGCACAAAUACAACCCCAAGACCGGCGAAGGCGCAGUAGGUGUCGAAUUCGCCGGCACGGCUGUCACCUCCUCGGGCUUCGGUGGCACUAUCAAGAGCGCCAACAACCAGUCCUCCCUGCUGGUCCGUGACAAUUCGGAGCUCCAGUGGAAUGAGGGAUACUACCGUGGUUACUUCGAGCUGCAAAUCACCAAGAACCGGGUGGACGCAGAGUACUUCGGUCUCCCGACCGUCGCCACCCGCAAUCCUCUUGAGAUCAGUCUGGCGAACUUUAGUGUUGCGGCUGGCGCUAACAAGCUCACGCGACCUGUCGCUGGGAACACAGUGGAAUCGGGUUUCUUGCAGAAUGGACAGGUCAAGAUGACGAAUCUGACUCAUAAUACUGCGAAUAACACUUGGGCGGUUAGGAAUGACUUCAAUCAGAUGUUCAUCUCCUAUCCCAAGAGCACUUAG